ACGAGAGGGAGGGGCCGGCGGGGGCCGGGCAGCACCAGAGGCGGCGCGCGGGGCUGGCGGCGGCUCAGUCUCCUCCCGAGCCCAGCCCCGGCCGGCCAGAGCGGCGGCGGGCGACAGUCGGAGCCGGAGACCGGGCCUCGGAACAGGGAGGCGGAGAGCCAGAGAAAGCGGCGGACCCGAGUGGAGGGCCGCGCUCGGGCCCCGCCGCGUGCGCGUCCUCCUGGCGGAUCCCGCAUAAAUGUCGAAAAUAUUUCCUGUGAAGCAUAAGAACCCCUGAUUGUGGAAGGGUCCCACAAGCACUGUUGACUGCAAAGUGAAGAGAACUAUGAGAGAGCCAUCUGGUUGAGUCUACCAUCAGAAGACCACCACAUCCACCAGAAAACCCAGGAUGGAUCUGCACCAAAGCACUGCCAUCCCUUUCCUAGAGAAAUGGUGUUUGGAGAAGUCACUCUCUGGCUACAGGAGACAUUAUAAUGUCAGGAAAAAACUGAAGUUAAUUCGAAUCUUGGGCCUUCUCAUGGGCCUAGUCGCCAUUAGCACUGUCUCGUUUUCAAUCAGUGCCUUUUCUGAGACGGAGACCCAGAGCACAGAAGAGGCCAUGGGGGCAAGUGGCUCUAGCGCCAUACACGGUUACCAUCAGAGAACUCUCUUAGAUUUAAAUGACGAGAUCCUGGAUUAUACUCCACAGCCCCCUCUUUCUCAGGAAGACACAUCUGAGAAUGCUACAGAUCAUGCCCAAGGAGACUACCCAAGAGACAUCUUUUCCCUCGAGGAGCGAAGAAGAGGAGCCAUCAUUCUGCAUGUCAUUGGAAUGAUCUACAUGUUCAUAGCCUUAGCCAUUGUCUGUGAUGAGUUCUUUGUUCCCUCUUUGACUGUCAUCACUGAGAAAUUGGGCAUAUCUGAUGAUGUGGCAGGAGCCACCUUUAUGGCUGCGGGGGGCUCUGCCCCUGAACUUUUCACAUCUCUCAUAGGGGUAUUUAUUGCUCACAGCAAUGUUGGCAUAGGCACAAUCGUGGGCUCAGCGGUGUUCAAUAUCCUCUUUGUCAUUGGCAUGUGUGCUCUGUUUUCUAGAGAAAUCUUAAACCUGACAUGGUGGCCGCUCUUUCGGGAUGUGUCCUUCUACAUCGUUGACUUGAUCAUGCUGAUCAUAUUUUUCCUGGAUAAUGUUAUCAUGUGGUGGGAAAGCUUGCUUCUCUUGACAGCUUACUUUGGCUAUGUGGUUUUCAUGAAAUUCAACGUCCAAGUAGAAAGAUGGGUGAAGCAAAUGAUAAACCGCAAUAAAGUCGUCAAGGUGACAGCUCCAGAGGCCCAAGCGAAGUCAUCUACGGCCAGGGACAAGGAUGAGCAGGCUCUACCGGCUAAGCCCCGUCUCCAACGAGGUGGAAGUUCUGCCUCCCUCCACAACAGUCUCAUGAGGAAUAGCAUUUUCCAGCUCAUGAUUCACACCCUUGACCCACUGGCUGAAGAACUUGGAUCAUAUGGAAAACUAAAAUAUUAUGACACAAUGACUGAAGAAGGGAGGUUCAGAGAAAAGGCUUCUAUUCUCCACAAGAUUGCCAAGAAGAAAUGCCAGGUGGAUGAGAACGAGAGGCAGAACGGUGCUGCCAACCACGUGGAAAAAAUCGAGCUCCCAAACAGCACAAGCACGGAGGUUGAAAUGACACCGUCCAGCGAUGCUUCGGAACCUGUACAAAACGGAAGUCUGUCCCACACCAUUGAAGCUGCAGACGCCCAGACCACGGAGGCAGGUGAAGAUGAGGACGACCAGCCUCUCAGCCUGGCCUGGCCUUCCAACCCCCGCAAGCAAGUCACGUUCCUCAUUGUGUUCCCCAUAGUGUUUCCCCUCUGGAUAACCUUACCUGACGUCCGCAAGCCGUCAUCAAGAAAGUUUUUUCCCAUCACAUUCUUUGGCUCCAUCACCUGGAUCGCUGUGUUCUCUUACUUGAUGGUCUGGUGGGCACACCAGGUUGGAGAGACCAUUGGCAUUAGUGAAGAGAUUAUGGGUCUGACCAUCUUAGCAGCUGGGACCUCCAUCCCUGAUCUUAUCACCAGUGUCAUAGUGGCCCGGAAGGGACUUGGAGACAUGGCUGUGUCCAGCUCUGUUGGAAGCAACAUUUUUGACAUCACUGUGGGGCUCCCGCUGCCCUGGCUCCUGUACACCAUCAUUCACAGGUUCCAACCAGUGGCUGUCAGCAGCAAUGGCCUCUUCUGUGCCAUCGUCCUCCUCUUCAUCAUGCUGCUCUUCGUCAUCCUCUCCAUUGCUCUCUGCAAAUGGCGGAUGAACAAAGUGCUGGGCUUCAUCAUGUUCGGCCUCUACUUUGUGUUCCUGGUGAUCAGCGUCCUCCUAGAAGACAGAAUUCUUGUAUGCCCUGUCUCCAUUUAGUAGGAAAAGCCAUAUCUUGAACUAACAGCAUGGAUGGUCCCUCCCCGCCCUGGGUUCUAGGCCCCUUGACCUCUCCAGAGGAGGCAGCUGGCACACACAGCCAUGGGCAUUACAGAGCGUCCCUCCUUGGUGGAUUUGAGGAUGGAUGGAUUCACGCUGGGCCCACUCAUUUCACAAGCUGCUGCCAACCUUGCCUACUGAAACAGCUCCACACAAGAGACCAUGCAAGAACCGUCCAUUUGGGGCUUCUCUCCAUUUCACCACUGACAGGUACUCCUCGCUGGUCGGAGGUACAUUCUUUGUAACGAUGCAAACAAUGACAGAGGUUCUUUCUCUAUAUACGUACAAAAUAUACAAAUUUUAAAUAGAUGCACAUGAACAUACCCCUGCCUGUUCCUGUAUUAUACCUCUCCUUUCAUACCUAUAGAGUAAUACGUACCUGUAUACAAAGAAAAAGAAAAAUUUUAUAUAUAUAUAUAUAAAAUCAUCACAUAUAUAUAUAUAAAUACAAAUGCAUCUUUUCAGGGAUAGCUCUAGUAUAUUUAUAGCACCUAUUUGAAGAGGGGCAUCAACCUUCAGUCAGAGCUUUACCUCUUAAGUGCAAGAGGUAAACUAACAGAAUCAUUGCUGUGACCUUCAGCCUACCUUGGACUUAUUGGGAUCCUGUCUGGUAAGGCGGAUAUUUGAGAGAAAUCUGUUGCAGGAGGGAGGGCUUGGUGGAGAGGGUCUGUAGGGACCCUGAGAUGAGACCUCCAAAAUAUUCCCACCAGCCAAACAGUGAAGACUAUCUGCCCACCCCUGCUGGGGUACACUGAUCAAAACCCGUGGGUUUACUUGGGACAGACAGAUGUAAAACCCAGACUGAGUGGAUAUUGCUUUGGGGUGGGGAGAGGCAGGUGAGAGGUGACCAGGGUUAGGAGUUUUUGAAAAUUUUUUAAUAUAUUGCCCUAGCAUGCAAGUAGAAAAUAUAACUGCAAACCAAAUUAGUGUUCUUCUAGGACAAUGAGACUAUAUAAACUGAACCUAUAUUGUUCUAAUGCAUGUCUCAUUAUCAUCCAAAAAGGGGGGCGGGGGGGCAAGUCUAGCUUUGUCAUUUAGGCGUAUUUUGAUGCUAAGGGCUCACAUAUAAUCCAAAUGCCUGCCCAGAGAGCCUGCCAUAUGUAAUAAGAAAUAUCAUCGAGUAGAGGGGCUCAGUGAAACUUGCCACCUAAUGGGAAUAUAAGGGCGUACACAGUUCUUUAAAGCAUCUUCCAAUGUGGUUCAUAAAGGGCUUCAGUAUCUAAAGAAAUCAUUAUUCCACCAAUAGAACUAAACUGAUUCUGAUCAAUAUUGCUUGGAUUAAGGUAGCUUAGAGAUGUUUGGAAAGGAAUUUGCACACUCAGCACACUCAGGAAGGUUUCUGAGUCCUCCGCCUAAUGGUGUCAGGACCAGGAUUUGGUUAAGGCACAUGCAAAAUCUGUGUCUCUCCUUCCACAGGGACCCCAUAUGGGACUCUUUCAAGCGUAGAGUCCACUGAAGACUUCUUCACGCUUCUUCCUCAACCCAGUCACUCCAGGGUUUUGAUCUCUUGAUUUUGCUCAGCAUUCCUGUGACAUUUUCAUUUCAUUCAUACCCCCCCCCCAAUUCUGUUUAAUAUCUUGUAUGAUUUCUCAGGUCUGUGUCCAUAGAAAAUAAAAAACAUCACGGGAGGGGAGGAGGAGGCGAAGUCAAUUGAUGAAAAAUUCGUGUUUCUCAUUCCCCCAAGUCAUGCUUUCCUUUCAAUCAGCUGAAAAAGUAAACAGAGGAUGGCCCAUUAUUCGGCACCCAUCUUCCAACCUAGGCGGCCCACGCCCCAUACGGGCAACUCUACGGCAUGUGUUCUUGUCUCCAGUCUAUUGUAUCCCUGAUGACGCUGUGAUUCUGUUGUGGGCAUGGACCUCCUCACAUGGGGAGAGAGGAGGCGCAACUCACAGAGAGCGAGGGAGGGACACCAGACAGCCCCAAGUCAAGCUCAGUAUUCCUUCCACAAGACCCCAGCUCCCUCCAGGGCGUUAACAGGCAGCGCAGGUCCGCUCCUCCCCCGCCAGCAGAAAGCGCUUCCGGGCACCGAGGACCUCUGGGAAAAUAAAGAUGGCCGCCACAGCGGAGGCGAGCCCACCCCCCGCCCCACCCCCGCUUUGCAAAGUCAGUGGUCAGUUGAGUGAGAAAAGCCCGCAUCUUCAUCAAGGGCAGGGUGUUUUAUUGAGGCAAGAAUUUGUGCUGCUUCCUUAGAGGGAAAGAGAAUGAAUAAGUGAACUUUUUGUCAAAUCCUGCGGUGGUUCCCCCACCCCACCCCCGCGCUUUACUUGAAGGGGAGCAAACUGGGUUACUGUGUGAGUAUGUAUUAUAGGCUGGUCUGUUACCUGAGGGAAGGUGUGGAUAGGUGACGUUACCUCAGCUGCAGACCAACUGCAUGAAACCCAAAAGGAUGAGGGAGGCCCACCGCAGCCGGGUUCUUUUCCAGCACCUGCUGACGCUUCCCCGCCCCCGCACUCCUUCCCAGCCAUUCCCAGCUCACAGUGGAGACCCACCCAAGAGGCCACAGAGCAUUUCACUUGCCUCCGAAGCUCCACGUCCCAGGAAAUGCUGUGGCUGUUAAAAGUCGCCCUUGAGAAGACAGGAUUUAUGAGCCUAUUCUGGCCUCUGUGAGGAGCACUGAGCACGAUAUACAACAGCUGUGUCCCCUGCCUGCCUGGUAGGCAGUCCCCUUCCCUGGCCACUGCUGUCCUCAGGAUGGGUCUAUGAGGUCAUGUGUUGGACUACGCUAAGUCCAGAGAGCGGUGUGUAGAAUGCAACAGUGGAUCUUGAAAAGCCUUCAAAUCUCUAACAUAAUUCUAAGAAAGAACUUUCCUGAGCAGGUCAUCUCUAGCACUUUCCCUGCAUGCCUGUAUAUAUACAUGUAUAAAUAUAUCCUUAUACCAGAUCUGUACGUACACACGCUACAUCAUCACCCUCUGACCUGUCACCUUCAGGAUUCAAAAGCAGGGCACAUCAAGUUUGUCGUGACGAAGGAAGAGGAAAGUCACACACACCACCAAAGUAAGGGAACAUCUCUUUCUGAUCUCUUAAGGUUUGUUCUGGGCGUGUGUUCACACUAAGCUACAUAGUAUGGCCUCACUCCUUAUACUUCCCCACUCGAAGAGUAGAGUUAUGGAAAUGGCCAGCUGUAGCCUCAGUGCUGACAUACAGGCAGAGACUACACAACUACUACGCAACAGAAAAGCCUAGACUGCAGAGGUUCUUCUCUUUCUUGUAGCAGGGUGUAUAAAUAUCAAAAAUUCUUGAACCACCUUCUUGCUUCUCAACCUAAAACAAGCAAGCCUUGCCCAGAUGGUUUCAGUCAGCCCCAGCAAACCAAGCAGGUCUUGCUUGCUGACCCCUCCCCUGUGGCCAUCCAUAGGCAGCCCCCACACAGGAGAGCAAGCUGGCUCAAACCGAGAAUGCCCAAGUAGAACAUCCUAAAUUGCAUCUGGAAAUGCUCGUGCUGGGUCCCGCUGCCUUUUGAACCUGACUAGAUCCUGAAGCACUGAAGCUGGUGGUGAGAUGGUAUCGUGCAGUCUUCCAGGACCUACGCUGAGCCCAGAUCGGGAAGCCACAGAACACGUGCACAGACCAAGGCGUAGGGCUGUUGGUCAAUUUGGCAGAUGAGGCAGAAUAUCCUAAAGCCUGGCCCAGAAGAUUAUAUAAAGAGGCAGGCACUGAUUCAUAGUCAGGGAAUAUGUUUUGUAAGGCUUCUAACAGGUGCCCCCUGACAGGGGCCAUUAUAAUUUAUGUUCUAGGAAAGGCAUGAAUCAGGUGCUUUGCAGUUCUUUUAGCAAAACACAGCUGCCUCACUGAUGAGACAUUUGAUAAUAUUAAUGUACAUCCCUUCCUGGGCAGGGAGAAAGUUGGCAGACUCCCCACCAACGCUCACAGCUCUUAAAUCCCAAACAGGGAGAUGGGCGAUGAGCCAUAAAGGGAAGCGCCCCACCCCCACCCCCAGUCCACCUUAACAGAAAGCUGACCAAGCAAAUCACAGCAGCUAGAGUUGCCGGCCAGAGACACAGCUGGAGAAAAGGGGACUUCCGCUCCCCGCUCAGCUGAGAUUGCUGGGUUGGAAUAUGGGAUAGGAGUCUGAUGACCUAUCUGAAUACAAGCAUUUCCAGAAACUUCAGUAUGCUUUCUUCCCUGCACUUGCCAAUGCACAUACACACAAUGACAAGGAUGCCAUGCUUCCUUGCACCCGGACAGAUUGUUACUCUAGUAAUUAAGUGCCCAUAUUAGAAGUGACAGGUCUAUUCCAGAAGAAAUACAGGGAAACUAUCCUCAGGGUGAUUUCUGGGGAAAUCAGCUAUCUCCUGAAGGCUUGAUGUAGAAGCUAAUGUUCAUUCUGGCUAAGCCAGAUCUCACAUAAGCGUGUGGCUUAAUGUUUUUAAAAAGACACAUCCUCAACUCCUCAACUUCCCUCAGCAACAUUGUCUUCAAUUAGUAAGUAAGGGCUUUGCCAUUAAAAGAGAAUUAUUGGGGUUGGGGGGAGGAGGAAUGAAGCAUAAGGAAAAGAAAGGAAAAAAUUAUUUACUUUUACCACAAUUCCCAAGAAAACAAGUGUCACACUGAUAUAUAUCCCCUGCAUAGUUUAAAAUAAUUACAAAUUUCAGGCUUUUUCAACCAAUUAUAUGAACCUGCAUAAAGUCCCAGAUGAAAAUAUCUUCCCUUCUCUAGAAGGCCUUGGGACGGAAAGGUUAUGUGCCCCUACCCCACUAUUUCCACUUAGCUUCUUGCCUCUCUUUGUGUAUCUUUGUUGAUUUCACAGCUUUGCAUUCUUUGAACUAUGUAACAAACAAGAAAAGCAAUAAAGGACACUUCUCACCACUCUAUUACUUACCAUUACAACAUUGCAAUGUUUUGCUUUUAAGGGUUUUGGUUUUUGUUUGGGUUUUUGUUGUUGUUGUUGUUCCUCCCGCCCUUCACUGGGAGCUUUGAAACUCCUCGGGCUAUGGCAUGUGAUUGCCAGGAGAAUUCAGGCAUCUGUAGAAAGCAGAGGUGCCCUGUGUUUGGUAUGGAAAUAACACAUCUUCCCACCUAGACGCCCCCACCCCCCCAGGGGACCGGCCUUGCUCAGAACCACCUGAAUUCUACAGUCGUCUUUCAUCUGCCUGGUGAAAGUGUCCUUUAAAAACAGCAAGAGAGCGCUAAAAAUGAUAGUGAAUCCACAAGUCACCCAGUUUUUAUAGAGACAAAAAUGACCCUAUAAUUACGGCUGGGGAGACACCUCUGUUCAAAUUAGUAUACAAGGGAAACUGCAUAAACACCAAAUUAAGCCAGAGCACUUUCACUAAAUGAAUGAUUGACAGACUGGAAAACCUUAAAGAAU